CUCCUUAAGUCCCUCAGAUUGCUCUCGGACUCGCGGCAAGGAUGAGCUACGGAGACCGCUACGCCUCGUCGUCCUACCGCCGGAUUUUCGGGGAUUCUCCCCGGUUCCCCGUCUCGUCCUCUCGCAUGAGCAGCGCCGCUCCUCGGUUCUCCCCGGGGCUACGCUCCGCGGCUGCGUCCCGCGGCAGCGCGUCCUCCCUCAGCCUGUACCGGCGGGUCGGACGGUCCCCCACCUCGUUCUCCCCGGUGCCCACCGACUCCCUCGACCUGACCCAGACCUCGGUAGUCAACAAUGAAUUCAAGGUCAUUCGAACGAACGAGAAGGAGCAGCUUCAGGGUCUGAACGAUCGCUUCGCCAUGUUCAUCGAUAAAGUGCGCCACCUGGAGCAGCAGAAUAAGUUGUUGGAGACGGAGCUGGUGACCCUGCGGCAGAAGCAAAGCGAGCCGUCCCGCAUCAGCCGUCUCUACCAGCAGGAGAUGCGGGAGCUGCAGUCCCAGCUGGAGGAGCUGAGCAGGGACAAGAACCGCAUCCUGAUCGAGAGGAACAACAUGGAGGACGAGCUGCAGAAGCUCAGUGUAAAGUAUGAUGAGGAGAUGAGGGCCCGGGAGGAAGCUGAACAGACCUUAAAGUCUUUCAGGAAGGACGUGGAUGACGCUGCGGCUGUUCGCCUGGACCUGGAACGCCGAGUGGACUCGCUGAUGGACGAAAUCUCCUUCAUGAAGAAGGUUCACGACGAGGAGAUCCAGGAGCUGAGCAGCAUGAUGGAGGCACAGCAGGUCUCCGUGGAGCUUGAGCUCGCCACACCGGACCUCACCUCAGCCCUGAAGGAGAUCCGCAACCAAUACGAGUCCAUCGCCUCCAAAAACCUGCAGUCGGCCGAGGAGUGGUACAAGAGCAAGUUUGCCAGCCUCAGCGAGCAGGCUACCAGGAGCAACGAGGCCAUGAGGGCCAGCAGGGAGGAGAUGAAUGAGUUCAGGAGGCAGCUGCAGUCCAAGACCAUCGAGAUAGAGACCCUGAGAGGCACCAACGAGUCUCUGGAGAGGCAGAUCACAGAGAUGGAGGAUGCACACAACACUGAAGUCACAGCCAUGCAGGACACUAUUGGCCACCUGGAUACUGAGCUGAGGAACCUGAAGGGUGAGAUGGCCCAGCACCUGAGAGAGUAUCAGGACCUGCUCAAUGUCAAGAUGGCCCUGGACAUAGAGAUAGCUGCCUACAGGAAACUGCUGGAGGGGGAGGAGACUCACUUUAACUCAGGGAUGACUUUUGCUGCGGCCAGCUACAGCUACCAGCCCCGGGGCUCAGCGGGCUCCUCCAGGAGCAGCCAGAGGGAGAAAGAAGGAGCCACGAAGGAAAGCUUCAAGGAUAUCAGUGAGGAUAAAGAUGAGGAAGACAUCAACUCUAACAACUGAAGACGGACGGACAGACAGACAGAUAGGGAAGUCUGGAAAGUGAGAAGAGAUAUACUGUGGAUGUAGAGUGAGUUCAUAGUAACAUACUGUAUUUGCUAAGGCCAACAAUAAUACAAAUGUUUUGGAAUUAGACCUGAAAGUCAGGAUUUUGGGUGAUAAUAUCUUGUACCUGAAAACUGUUUUUCUGGGACAUAGGUCUCAGUAUUUAGAGACUAUCAAACUUUCUCCAAUGUCAAUGAGAGGUUUGUCACUGUUAUUAAGUUGUAAAUCUUCAACAUUAAACAAAGGAAGCCACCCUGGUAUCUAGACCACAUCUACUGAAGGUCUCCAGAGAUUAACAUGUCGCAGAUAUUAGUAUAGUAGAUUUGUGACCAAGCACUGAAUGUUGCUGGAUGAAUUGACAUUUUGCUGCUGUGUUAAAACCCGCGUGCCAGGGUAAAAAAAAAAA